AUGUGGGAAAGGGCAGGGAGCUGGAGUGACCACUGGUUUCUCAUCACCUUACCAAUGCCAGUGCUUCAGAACCGGUUUGAACUGCAACUCCUGGCAACCUGGGGCUGGAAUUCCCAAGCUGACAUUGCUAUCGACAAUAUUACAUUUGGACUGGACUGCUUCACUGAUGCUGGAAGACAACCAAAUAAUUUUGGUGGGAAACGCCAGUACCCACAUGAGAUUAGUAUGGAUGAGCGUCUUCUGAAACCUCUGGAAGAGCCCUCCCUCUCAGGAGACACAACUGUUGUUCUCUGGUGGUUCUCAACAUGUGGUGCCAGUGGUCCACAUGGGCCAACUCAAGCUCAGUGUGACAGUACCUAUAAGAACAGCAGUGUGACAGUGACUGUGGAGAAGGAGGGCAGGCUCCGGGGAGUGCAAGUCUGGAGAGUGCCAGCCACAAACCGAUACAGGAUUUCUGCCUAUGGAGCAGCCGGAGGCAAGGGAGCCAAAAACCACAAUAAGAGGUCCCACGGGGUCUUCAUCUCAGCCACCUUCCACCUGGAGAAAGAUGAACUGCUGUACAUCUUAGUGGGGCAGCAGGGAGAGGAUGCCUGCCCUGGGAGCAAUCCUGAAACCCAGAAGAUCUGCUUAGGGGAGUCAUCUCUCAUUGAAGAAGAUUACAGAAAAAAAAAGGAUCUGAGGGAGUGGGCUGGAGGAGGUGGGGGUGGAGGAGGAGCAACCUACAUCUUUAGACAGAAGGAUGGGAUUUUCGAACCUUUGCUCAUCGCAGCAGGAGGAGGAGGAAAAGCCUACCUGAAGGCUCAAGACAGCUCCCUGGAUGAUGUACCCCUGGAGCAAUUUGAGAACAGCACUGCAGUACCUGGAGUCAGCGGAAGGACUGGGGCAUCAGGUGGAGGUGGUGGCUGGCAAGAUGACAGUCUUCUUCCUCAGGCUGGGAAGUCCCUUCUGGAAGGUGGAGAGGGAGGUCAAGCUUGUCCCCAAGCACUAGACAAGCUCCAGUGGGCCACCUCUGGUGGUUUUGGUGGGGGAGGAGGAGCCUGUACUUCUGGAGGAGGAGGCGGAGGGUACAGAGGAGGGCAUGCCUCUGAUAAGGAUGAUAUCACAGCUGGUGGGCAGGAUGGCAUCUCUUUUGUGAACCCCAUUGGAGAGAUCUUCUUGCAUCCCUUGGCAGCCAUGGAGAGUCACGGUGAGGUGGAGGUUCAGAUCUAUCUUAACUGCAGCCACUGCCACUCAGACAACUGUAAGCGGGACCCUGACACCAACAUGCCAGUCUGCCAGUGUGAGAUGGGGGCUGUGCUAGCCAAUGACAAUGUCACCUGCACUGUGCCCCAGGGUCCUAUCCCAGAGGGACACCUGUCUCUUCCCCUCCUCCUGGCUGUGGUGUCUGUGAUUGUGGUGCUUGGAAUGAUCCUCACUUGUGGCAGCCUAUCUAUCAUUUAUUACCUUAAGAAACAGCAGCUGGAUGGAGCCAGAGCACGACUGCAGAGCCCAGAAUAUAAACUGAGCAAAAUCCGUACAUCUGCCAUCAUGACGGAUUACAACCCCAACUACUGCUUCGCAGGGAAGGCUGCCACUCUAAGCGAGCUGAAGGAGAUCCCGCGGAAGAACAUCUCUCUGCUUCGGGCACUAGGACAUGGUGCAUUUGGUGAGGUUUAUGAGGGAACUGUGGUAGGCAUUGGAGGGGAUCCCAACCCUCUUCAAGUUGCUAUCAAGACCCUGCCAGAAGUCUGCUCUGAGCAGGAUGAGAUGGAUUUCCUGAUGGAAGCAUUGAUUAUCAGUAAGUUCAAUCACCAGAACAUCGUGCAAUGCAUUGGUGUCAGCCUACAGACGCUGCCUCGCUUCAUCCUGCUUGAGCUCAUGGCUGGAGGAGAUAUGAAGAGCUUUCUUCGGCAGAAUAGACCCAGGAUGAAUCGGCCAUCCAUGCUAACAAUGCAGGACCUGCUGAACAUAGCUAGGGAUAUUGCCUGCGGCUGUAAAUAUCUGGAAGAGAAUCAUUUCAUCCACAGAGAUAUAGCUGCAAGGAAUUGCCUUUUGACCUGUACUGGAGCAGGACGAAUAGCCAAAAUUGGUGACUUCGGGAUGGCCAGGGAUAUUUACAGAGCAAGUUACUACCGCAAGGGAGGAAGAGCUAUGCUUCCUGUAAAGUGGAUGCCACCAGAAGCUUUUCUAGAGGGUAUUUUCACCUCCAAGACUGAUACCUGGUCCUUUGGUGUGCUGCUUUGGGAGAUUUUCUCUCUAGGCUACAUGCCCUACCCUUGUAAAACCAACCAGGAAGUGCUGGAAUUUGUCACCAGUGGAGGAAGAAUGGAUCCGCCAAAAAACUGUCCAGGACCAGUGUACCGGAUCAUGACGCAGUGCUGGCAGCACAGCCCUGAGUAUCGACCAAACUUCUCUACCAUCCUGGAAAGAAUCAAAUAUUGCACACAGGACCCUGAUGUGAUCAACACUGAGCUGCCCAUGGAGUGUAGCCCUACACCAGAGGAUGAAGGGAGUAUGGUCAUCCGCCCAAACAUUUCCAGUGGGAUAGUGCCGCUGCUGGUAAGCCCUUCUCUCACACCUCAGACAACACCUAAAACAAUGGAAUCUCAUCAUGCUGGGCACAAACUUGUACAAUGCCCACAAGAGCUCCUGGUGGAGAACCUGAGCAAUCGGACUGCCCGAGGGCCCAGCCUGCCAUGCCUCAGUGAUUUCAACAGCGGGUCGUGGUUGCAGCAGACAUCAAACCAGAAGUUAGACCUCACCAAUCCAGCAGCCCACAGACCUAAAAACAAAACAAAAAAUCUCUGGAACCCAACCUAUGGAUCAUGGGUGCUAGAGAAUAUCUGUCACUUCAGCCCCAGCUCCAAGCUCAAAGGAAAUCCAGAGCGGGAAGAUUCAGGCUUUGAUGGGAAUUGCAGUUCUCCUAGCUCUCGGACAUCUCCAGCGUCUCCAAGUCGAAGCAACUGUCCUCACCUGGAUAUCAGUGGGAUAGAACUGGUGAAACUUCAGACUUUCCCCUGUGGCAAUGCAAAUUAUGCUUACGAUGACCUGUGCUAUAGUGCUGACCACCAGCCAUUAGCUUUAGCAGAAGUCAGAGCAGCUGUGCUAAGAAGCUCCAGUCUGAACAGAGAUGAAAACUCUUUUUAUAAAACAGAGAAAACAUCAAGAGAGAGGGACUCUGGUCUGUCUUUGUCAGAUGACCUGAGUGUUACUCCAGUAUAGCAGAAAUGGUUCUUCCCAAGAUCAGGGAAUGUGUGUGUCAGGAAGGAGUGCUUCCUAUUUCACUUCCUCCAUUUUAACUCCUUCAGAUGGGUGAAGUUUCAACAUCAGCAAUGUUCUGCUUUCUCCAUCU